AUGGCAUACAAUCAAGAUAUCCAUUCUCAAACGAAGAAUGUAAUUUUUCAUGUAUAUAAUUAUUUCAAGACGAUAGCUACUGAUAAAAGUAAGCCAGAAAUUUCAAAUUUUUUUCGGGAAACCCGUAUAGUAACUUCAAAAGCAUGUGGCGUAAGUGUUGCUAGUGUAAAAAAAGUUUGUUCUGAAGCGAAAAAGAAACUUGAAAUCGGACUUUCUAGCCAAAUUGCUUUCAAGUCUCCUAGGAAAAGUUAUAAACGUGCAAAAGUUAAGACUAAUCUUGACGAUUUUGACAACGAAGUUGUCAGAAGAAUUGUACAUAGUUUUUAUGAUAAUGAUGAAUUUCCGACGACCUCAAAAAUAUUAGUGGCGAUGCGAGAAAAAAUUAACUACCCUGGCUCAAAAACGUCAGUUAAAGCUAUUUUGCACAAUUUGAACUUCAAGUUCAGGAAGUGUAAUGAUGGGCGUAGAUUUCUGAUGGAGAGAAAUGAUAUCGUUGCUUGCCGGGUAAAAUUUUUAAGAAAAAUGUACGCAUUGAGGCAGAAUAAUGAUAUAAGGCCAGUAGUUUAUCUGAACAAAACAUGGGUAAACCAGAACCAUACUCAAGGUUACAUAUGUCAAAAUCUAGAGAACGCCGAAGGACUCAAAGUAUUAGUCGGAAAGGGUGCUCAACUCAUAGUAUGCCACGCUGGUUCACCCUCAUUCGGAUUUGUGAAAAAUUCAAGAUCGGUCUUUCGAUGUAAAUUGGGUAGUACGAAAGACUACCAUUCGCAAAUAAACUCAGAAAUUUUUGAACAAUGGUUUAUUGAAAUGUUGGCCAAUUUAGAAGAACCAUGUGUUGUAGUAAUGGACACUUCCUACCAUUCUGCGCUAGCCGAAGAUUACCCUAAGGCAAACGCGCUAAAGGCAGAUGUUCAAAAAUGGCUUGAAAAAAAAUGUAUUCCAUAUUCACCCGUAGAAACAUUAUGUGAACUACGAGAAAAAGUUAAAUUUGCAAUACCUAAAGAGAAAAAAUAUAAACUUGAUGAAGUCGCGUUACAAAUGGGUCAUGAAUUGGUAAGAUUUCCACCUCACCACAGUUAUUACAACCCAAUUGAGGUGAUUUGGUCGCAAGUCAAGGGUGAAGUCGCUAAAAAAAAUUACUCCUACAAGAUGGCAGAUGUUGAAGUGUUGGUAAACAAUGCCUUAAAUGAGAUCACCAAAGAGGCUUGGGCAAAAUAUGGCGAAAAUUGCAGCAAACAACAAGAUGAAGAUUUCAUAAAGGAGGUUUUAAGGGAUGAAAUGUUAGAACCCAUCAUACUUACCAUAAAUUCCGAUGAAAGUUCAACUGAUGAAGACGAGAACGACGAGAACGACGAGAACGACGAUGACGAAUCACUUGAUUAA